AUGUUUUUCUACUCCCUCCUGCCUUAUCUCAACAUCUCAAGACAUCUCAUUCAAAAUCCACUCUUGAGAAUUGUUUUUUUGAGCUCUGCUGUGUGACAGAUGCAGGGGCUUUAAUCCAGGAUGAAUGAAUGCUACUAUGAUAGACGCAUGGACUUUUUCUAUAACAAGACAAACACUGACACAGUAGAUGAGUGGACAGGGCCAAAGCUUAUUGUUGUUCUGUGUUUUGGGACAUUUUUCUGCCUCUUCAUUUUUGUUUCGAAUUCAUUGGUCAUAGCAGCUGUGGUCAAAAACAAGAGGUUUCAUUUUCCCUUUUACUAUCUCCUGGCCAAUUUAGCUGCUGCAGACUUUUUUGCUGGAAUUGCCUAUGUCUUCUUAAUGUUCAACACUGGCCCAGUGUCUAAGACAUUAACCGUUAACCGGUGGUUUUUGCGUCAGGGUCUUCUGGAUACCAGCCUGACAGCUUCUCUGGUGAAUCUCCUCGUCAUAGCUGUUGAGCGGCACAUGUCAGUAAUGCGGAUGAAGAUCCACAGUAAUCUCACGAAGAAGAGAGUCACCUUUUUAAUUAUCUCAAUUUGGGCCAUUGCUAUUUUUAUGGGUGCUGUUCCUACCCUGGGUUGGAACUGCCUCUGUAACAUUACAGCCUGCUCAUCCCUGGCCCCUAUUUACAGCAGAAGUUAUUUGGUGUUCUGGAGUGUCUUAAACCUUGUAGUUUUCUUCAUUAUGGUGGUGGUUUACAUAAGAAUCUACAUGUACGUCCAGAGGAAAACAAAUGUCUUGUCGUCGCACACUAGUGGAUCCAUUAGCCGUAGGAGGACCCCAGUGAAGCUUAUGAAGACAGUCAUGACUCUCUUAGGUGCCUUUGUUGUCUGCUGGACUCCUGGCCUGGUGGUUUUACUACUCGAUGGUCUGAAUUGCACCCACUGUGGGAUUCAGCAUGUUAAAAGGUGGUUUCUUCUUCUGGCCUUGUUGAACUCUGUCAUGAAUCCAAUAAUUUAUUCAUACAAAGAUGAUGAAAUGUGGGGCACCAUGAGAAGGAUGAUUUGCUGCUCCUCUGAUGAUAAGAGUCAGGACAGACGCUCCUCACGGAUCCCCUCGACGGUGCUCUGCAGGGGCACAGAAGCCACGGGGCAGUACGUUGAGGACGGCAUUAUUCAAGGGACUGUCUGUGGAAAAGGAGAUCUUGGUGACAAAGGAAACUCCUGAGCUAUUCAAGGACUGACCUGGCUGAGAAAAGGUGGGGGAAGGGAGAAGUUUUGCAAGAGGAGAUUGACUGGCAAAGCUAGUAACAAUGUAUCCAUUUUGUUCCCAGAGCCCAAACCCCAGUGUUCACAAAAGUUCUUAUAAAUAAUUGCCUGAUGGAAAAACACGUUGUAUGGAAGAAAACUUUCUGUACUGCCGACUUUUUUCUUUUUCUUUUUUUCCUUUCCACAAUGAAAUUGUUCAUGUCUGUGGAAUAAAUAUGUCUGAGAUACUUUUUAUGCAUGGAAACAAAAUGUAAGCAACACAGUGAGACCCUCCUUAAGCUCCUGCAGAAAGAAUAAACCUUCCUUGCAGUGCAGUUUUGGCAUUCAUUGAGUAUUUAUGCAUUGAACAGGUUUUGUGCAUUUUGAGGAGGAUUGUAGACCGGGUUGGAGAGGAUUGUGACCCACUUGCUUUCUCUGUUUAUGAAGUUCAUGAAAUAGUUUAUACUUACCUUCUCUCUUCCUCCUCCUUCUCCUGCUUUCAAAAUAAGUAGUUUGAUGGCUUGUUUAAACAAUGCCAGAAACCUGGCUGUGAUGGGAAGCCCGAAAUAGAUACCAGUGUGUGUGAGUAUAUCAAAGCCCACCACAAAUGGUCAGGAUAUGACGGUACCAAAAGCACAAAAGCCAUUGUUACUUUCAUGGGGAGGAUGAAUCGCUGCAAGGAGGUACAUUGCACACUUUGCUGCUAUCUCAUAGGCAGGCACUGAGGGUGGAUGGAUAGAAAACCAGUGUGGCUGUGGGGGAAAAUGGACUAGACUCUUUUCUUGCCCAUCGUAUAUUAUCUGGGGAAGUAUGGUUGCCCCUCUUGAACUGCUAUGAGGCUGAGAGAAAUGAUAUCUAAAACCCUGUUCUAAAAGACAA